AUGUCUUUAAAAUUGCCUCGUCCCGGAAAUUUUGCAGCCGUUCAAAGGGGAAAAUCCUGUAAAAUCGCAACGGAUGGGCACAACACUGACGGAGUCCUCUCAACAGUGAACGUGGUGGAAGCAUUGCAAGAGUUCUGGCAGGUGAAGGCGGCGCGGGGCGGGGGCGCGGGCAGCGGGGGCGGCGCCCUGGUCAUCUAUGAGUCGGUGCCGGCUGCGCACCCGCCCUACGUCUGCUACGUCACGCUGCCCGGAGGAGCAUGCUUUGGGAGCUUUCAGAAUUGUCCGACAAAAGCUGAAGCUCGUCGUAGUGCUGCAAAGAUUGCGCUUAUGAACAGCGUGUUCAAUGAGCAUGAGUCACGUCGUAUCUCCGAGCACUUCAUUGAGAAGGCGGUGGCCGAGGCACGCGCCUCCUUCGCUGGAGACGCGGCCGCGCACCAUCAGGACCCUAGCGCUGGGAUCGCAGCAUUCAGGUUCAUGCUGGAAGCAAACAAGGGCCGGACGAUGCUGGAGUUCCAGGAGUUGAUGACAGUGUUCCAGUUGUUGCACUGGAACGGAUCGCUGCGCGCGAUGCGCGAGCGGCAGUGCUCGCGCCAGGAGGUGGUGGCGCACUACUCGGCGCGCGCGCUCGACGACGCCAUGCGCGAGCAGAUGGCGCGCGAGUGGGCGGCGCGCGAGCGGGACGCGGCGGCCGCGGGCGGCGGCGUGCUGCGCGCCGAGCUGGCGCGCGCCGAGCGCGAGCUGCGCGCCGCCCGCCUUGCCGCGCGCGAGCUGCGCUUCCCCAAGGAGAAGCGCGACAUCCUCCACCUGGCCGCGCGCCUCGCGCCGCCCCAGCAGCAACAGUGAUCUCAUCGCGCAACGCGUCCUCGCCACACUCACACUUUUGUUAUUUAAGUAUAG